AUGGGCGCACCGAAAGCCGGCCUCGACGGCAAGACGACCGGCGCCGCCAUCCUCCUCGCCGUCGUCCUCGUCGCCUACACCAUCCAGACGGAGCUCGCCUCGCACGUCCAGCACCAACUCGGCUACAAGAAACCCUUCUUCCUCUUCUACCUCACCCACAGCGGCUACACCCUCCUCGUCCCGGCGCACGUCCUCGUCCUGCGCCUCACGGGCACCCCCAUCCGCUCGACCUUUGCCGACCUGCGCGACCUCCUCACGUACCACUUCCGCACCCCGAGCCCGCACGACGACCCGGACGGCGCCGCCAUCCCCGUCUCGCCCAAGGUGCCGCGCUCGCGCUCCGACCGUUCGCUGUACCGCCACACGUCGCCCAACGCCGUCACGCGAUACCUCCCCGCCGCCCUUGCCGACAUCGCCGAGCAGGACUGGGUCCAGAACCUUGCCAAGAAGGCCGGCAUCCUCACCAUCUUCAUCUCGGCGCCCGCCCUGUCGUGGUACGCCGCCGUGCCCUUGACCAGCAUGACCGACAUCACGGCCAUCUACAACGUCUUCGCCUUCUGGGCCUACCUGCUCUCGCUCUACUACCUUCCGUCCCCUGCCUCGGCGCGCGAGUCGCCCUCGCACCGCCUCUUCAACCUCCUGAGCGUCGUCCUCGCCGUCUGCGGCGUCUUUGUCAUCGCGUACGGCGACGCGACGGGCUCGCCCGACGGCGAGGGCGCCAAUCGGCUCAUCGGCAACGGCCUCGCCCUGUUCGGUAGCAUCGCCUAUGCCGGCUACGAGGUCUGGUACAAGAUCCACAUCGCGCUCCCCGACUCGACGCCGGACGACCAGCCCUUGACGCCCAUCCUCCCCGUCCACCAGCGACAAUCCUCGCGCCGGCCUCUCCUCGCGCACGGCGCGCCCUCGCCGUCGUCGGCCGCUCGCGCAGCCGGCACGCCCGACACGCUCGCCGCCGCGAUCGACGACCUCGACUCGCGCCCUGCGUCCGACUCGGACGACGACGACGACGACGACCGCGAGGACCGUGGGCCGGCGAGCGAGACGAGCAGCCUGCUCAACUCGCCCGUCAGGACGCCGACUCGGUCGGGCAGCCCCGUCGGCGGCCACAGCUCGAACCUGUCGUCGUCUUCGCGCGCUGCGCCGGCGCCGCCCACUCGGCCUCGGCUCGGCGUCCCUCGUCGCCUGUCGCACGCGGCAACCUCGCCGCGCCCACCUCGCGCGAGCCCCACCCUGUUCCUCCUGUACUCGAACGUGCUCACGUCCCUCAUCGGGCUGUGCACGCUCCUGUUCCUGUGGAUCCCGAUCCCGCUCCUCCAGCUCGUCGGGUGGGAGGACUUUGAGUGGCCGCCGGUCGAGGCGAGGUGGGCGCUCGCGGGCAUCAUCGCGUCGGGCGUCGUGUUCAACGGCGGCUUCAUGCUCCUCAUCUCGCUCCUCGGCCCCGUCAUCGCGAGCGUCGCCAACCUCUUGACCCUCAUCCUCGUCGCCGCGGCCGACGCCCUCUUUGUCCCCUCGGCGCCGCCCAUCACGCGCAGCACGCUCCUCGGCGGCGGCAUGAUCGUCACGGCGUUUGCGGGCCUGAUCGCGGGCGAGGUGAGGAGCCACCAGCAGCACGCCAAGGGGCGAGGGGCCGACGAGGUGGACCAGCGGUAGAGCGUCGGGCGUUGCAUUGGCAUUUAUGGCAUCCUUCUCGA